CGGGACUGCUGCUGCCGCUGCUGCCGGCCCCUGCUGCAGCCCCGUCCCCGCCGCGGCAGCGAGUGGCUGUGCGAGCCGCAGAGAGACGCGCGGGCCAGGCGCGAGCGGCAGGCUUGAUCGACAUUUUCUUGGUAUUGUGGAGAGGUCUGAAUCUCACCCAGUUGGAGUGUUCUCAAGCUGUGUCUAAGAUUAGGAAGACUGUUAUGUGGGAAAGAGACUUUCUGUGAAGGCAGCUGCCCAUCUGAAUAUUGUGAAGACUUCACCCAAGCUUUGUAAGCAGCAAGGGAUUUGUGCUUCUCUUUGCACUUACACACAAUCUUUGCUUCUUAUGCACUCCAGCACCCCUAUUAGCUCAUUGUUCUCCUUCACCAGCCCAGCAGUGAAGAGACUGCUGGGUUGGAAGCAAGGAGAUGAAGAGGAGAAGUGGGCAGAGAAGGCUGUGGAUUCCCUGGUGAAGAAACUGAAGAAGAAGAAAGGCUCUAUGGAAGAACUUGAGAGGGCUCUGAGCUGUCCUGGCCAGCCCAGUAAGUGUGUCACAAUCCCACGCUCCUUGGAUGGGAGGCUGCAGGUGUCUCAUCGCAAGGGGCUGCCCCAUGUCAUCUAUUGCCGAGUGUGGCGUUGGCCCGAUUUACAGUCUCACCAUGAAUUGAAACCACUAGAAUGUUGCGAGUUCCCAUUUGGCUCGAAGCAGAAAGAAGUUUGCAUCAACCCCUACCAUUACCGGCGGGUGGAGACCCCAGUGUUGCCUCCAGUACUGGUUCCAAGACACAGUGAGUUUAACCCGCAUCUCAGCCUCCUUGCCAAGUUCCGGAGUGCUUCCCUCCACAGUGAGCCUCUGAUGCCACAUAAUGCCACCUAUCCUGAUUCUUUUCAGCAAACUCCCUGCACCCCUUUUCCAUCAUCACCCAGUAACAUGUUCUCUCAGUCACCCAGCAGCAUCAGCUAUCCUAACUCUCCAGGAAGUUCUUCUGGACCAGGAAGUCCAUAUCAGCUCACAGUUGAAACACCCCCACCUUACAAUGCAAGAGAAACACCAGGAAACCAAAAUGGACGAUCAGUGGAUGCAACAGCUGACAAUCAGUUAGUGCUAUCAUUGCCCAAUGGAGACUUUCGACCUGUUUGCUAUGAGGAACCCCAGCACUGGUGCUCAGUUGCCUACUAUGAACUCAACAACCGAGUAGGGGAGACUUUCCAGGCUUCUUCUCGGAGUAUUCUUAUAGAUGGAUUCACGGAUCCUUCAAAUAACAGGAACCGAUUCUGUCUUGGACUGCUCUCUAAUGUCAACAGGAAUUCUACUAUAGAAAACACCAGGCGACACAUAGGUAAAGGUGUCCAUCUCUAUUAUGUUGGUGGCGAGGUGUAUGCAGAAUGCGUGAGUGACAGCAGCAUUUUUGUACAGAGCCGCAACUGUAACUAUCAGCAUGGCUUCCACCCAGCCACUGUCUGCAAGAUCCCCAGUGGCUGCAGCCUCAAGAUUUUCAACAACCAGCUCUUUGCUCAGUUGCUCGCCCAGUCAGUCAACCAUGGCUUUGAGGUGGUGUAUGAGCUGACCAAGAUGUGCACUAUCCGAAUGAGCUUUGUUAAAGGCUGGGGAGCAGAGUAUCAUCGCCAGGAUGUUACAAGCACUCCUUGCUGGAUUGAGAUUCAUCUGCACGGACCAUUGCAAUGGCUGGAUAAGAGAAUCAUCUCCAGCUGGGGUUCAGGUGGCAGCAAAUCUGUCUCCCAGGAUGAAAAUUUAUUGCUCACACCCUUCUUCCUGCCAAAGAAUGGCUGCUUACCCAGGUGAUUGUCCAAUUGAUUUUGUUGACACCUGGCGGAAGCGUCCAUUUUCCUUUUGUCUCUGAGGAACAGGUUUGGGCUGCUUCCCCAGAAUUGGAAUAUGCCUUAUAAGAUUCCACUGUAUGAUGCUACUAACUUUACAUACAAUGUUACCAGACAUAUUAUAUCAGGACGAUAAUGAUCAGCGAGUUAUGAGUUUUUAAACAAUACCUCACAAGGCAUACUUUGUACAGGUUUUAUCAUAGUUUUGUAAAAGUGAACAUACGAGUACAGUCUGUUACACUAUUGCAAAGCAUUAUGGGCUAGGCCCUACGAGGAGCUUAGUUUUCCACAUCUACCGUUGAUUUCAGUGGGAACUUCUGGCUCACAGGAGGUGUUCAGCCCUUCCUUGUCAGAGCAUCCUGGGCUAACCCAAGUAGUCAGAUACUGUUGACACAGUAGUGUAUGGUACUGUUGCACUGAAAAACAAGAACAAUUUCAUUUAAACAAAACCAAAAUCUAUGCAUAUAUAGUAUUUAAAAAUGAGUUAACUUCCACUGCUUUUUGCAAGAUAAAAAUAAAUACUUAUCUGGCAUGUAAACUUCAUCCUCUCCACUGAGCAGUAUUGAUGUAUUUUGUUUUUAAAUUAGAACGAUCUGUAGUUGACUAUUGUGCUGCUAUCCAUGGUACGUCUAAAAGGCACUUGGACUGUGAGUCACAAAAGGGAAAUGAAAAUUGUGGAAUUACAUAACUAGCUUAUCAUUCUCCUUGGGAAAGCCUCUGUACUGGGUACAUGGCAGAGGUGGGAGCAGCAAACAUACAAGGGUGGGAGGUGGGAGUGGGAUUGAGUCGGAUACAUUUACUGUAUUGAUGGUGCCUUGCUUCAGGGAUUGAUUCUGGGCCACUGAUUAUUCGGGGUUCAGCAGGUGAUGCUCUCAGCCAGUCAGGGGGGGCAAAGGAUACCGUACACAUCCCUACAGUUGCUGGAACAAGCUGUUUACCAUCUUAGCCAUAGGCCUUGGCAUUUGCACAGUGGUUUUGGCUGUGCUGCAGGGAAUGACCAGGGCUGCAGGGGCAAAGUGGUGGGCAAAAAUGUUUUAUAAGCUUCCAGUUCACAUUCCCUCUGCAAGUGGGACAUGCUGUUGCCUACACUCUAGUGCAUGGAACCAGCCUGGCAAAACUCCACUCACCCAGGGCACAUCACCUUUUCCGAAGGACUCCAAUCCUUUUUCAUGAUCACCAACAACAUGUGAAAGGAGUGGGGGAAUAUUUGAUUAUGCCUAGGCAGGGCAGCUUAGCUAGCUGCCAGGAACCAGGUUGCUAUAAGGGACAGAAACUCCAGUAACUUCAUAGAUCCCACUUUUUACAAUAACAGAAGUGUUACCCUGAAACUUUUAUUGAACAGAAUGAUUUUUCUUUUCUCCUUGUACAAUAGCUAGAACUAAGCAUUGCACUGUCUAAUUGUAAGAUGAGGAUUUCUGAAAUCUUUUAAGUAUAUUUUGCAUAAAACCCAAACGACAUCUGUUAAAAAUACUUCUCACAACUUCUGGAAACUGUGUAAUACCUAUUAUAAGGUGAUAAUUAUGAAUGUAGCACAAGAAUUUUUAAUAAACCAACAGGGUUACUUUCUUUGAAUACAGCGUCAAGCAUUUCCAACAGUGUUAGUGCACAGAAUAAUAAACGAUCAUUAAAUUCUGUGCAAGAUAGCAAGUUUUCAUGGGAAAUGUGUAUUGGCGAAGAGCCCCAUUCUGUCACCACUUGAUAGCAGCAGCAUUAUCUGAUAGGAGAAGCUUUAUAAUCUCCCACAGCAAUGAAAUCAAGUAAUACUGGUACAGAGAAACUCUAGACAUGCCAUUUACUGCUUAGCAGAGUUGAGAAAAUUAGUUUGAAAAGACAUUUUCAUCAGCUCUCUAAUCUUCUCUACACAGCAUCUUCUGCAU